AUGUCCGAACUCAAUGUCGCGACCAUCAACGUUCGUUAUGACAGGAACAGUCGAGAACCAGUACCUAUACCGCACGAUGGUCCAGUACUUCCUACGAAGCGCUGGAAAGACUGGGUCGAGAUUCCGUGGUCAGAGCGUCGGACCUGGUUAGUGGACUGCCUGCUGAGUACCGGGCCACUGGAUAUUAUCGGCUUCCAGGAAGUGUUGCAUAACCAAUUGCGAGACCUACAAGACCUCCUCGGCGACACCUACCGGCACGUUGGGGUCGGGCGGGACGAUGGCAAGACUGCAGGGGAGUACUCGCCCAUCUUUUACGACCGGACCCAAUUUGAGGAGCUGGGAUGGAGGACUAUCUGGUUGAGCAAGACAUCGGAUGUGCCGGGCUCGAAGGACUGGGAUGCGAACCUUACUCGAAUCGCUACCUUCCUCUGCCUUCGGCGUAUCUGGGACGGAGGGCUCAUACAUGUCAUCAAUACCCACUAUGACGAUAUGGGCAAGCGGGCCAGGGCGGAGAGCAGCUACAUCAUCCGCGAGGAAGCUGAAGCCUACUUUCGGGCGGUCGAGAGUGGGCUGGAGUUGCGAAGGGAUGCCCCAGCGACAGCUAUCGUCCUCUUGGGUGACUUCAAUUCUCCUCCCAGUGAAGCUGGCUACGGCAACAUCUCAUCUCCUGAUCCCGUCCCCUCCGGCAAACCAUCCUACACCUUCACCGACGCAUACACUCAACUUCGGACUCGCUCAGGCAUCUCCUUAUCCCCUCGGCAGUCCGCACCUUACGGUCCAGAGAGCACGUACAGCACAUUUGGCAGGCCUGGCUCGUCUGAGGCCGCACGGAUCGAUUUCGUCUUUCUCGGCCAAAAGCCAAGUCAAACAGUCGUAUCGGAGAAUGGGAAGACAAAAGCCCACUGGGUCGCCACACGCUAUGCGUGCUUGGAUAACAGCGUCUGGGGUGAAGUAAGCGGGUGGAAGGGCAGGUGGAGCGAUCAUCGAGCGGUGAGGGUCAAGCUGGAGCUUCAGGUGACAGGCGAGAUUUAG